CGCUCAGCGCGGAGCGGAACCGGCCUGCCCGGGAAGGGAACCGCGCUCCGUGAGGGAAGCGAGCCGGCGGCCGGGAGGUAAAGGCUGUGAUGUUGACAAGAGCAGCAGUUAAUGUCUUGCUCCACUGGACAUGAAGUUGAUGGUUUAUUUGCAAUUUAUGAAUUCUUUUGAAGAUGAGCAAGGUGUGUGCUGUUUUUGGAGGAUCCCGUGGCAUCGGCAGAGCUGUGGCAGAGCUGCUGGCACAGAAGGGCUGCCGCCUGGCCAUCAUUGCUAGGAACCUGGACGUGGCCCAGAGCACUGCCCGUGACCUUGGGGCAGGACAUCUGGCACUUAGCUGUGAUGUAUCCAGUGAAAAAGAAGUCCAAAAGGCUUUUGAGGAGAUGCAGAGGAAUUUGGGUCCUAUUAACUACUUGGUUAAUGCAGCUGGGAUCAACAGGGAUGGUUUGCUACUGAGAACCAAGACUGAAGAUAUGAUAGCCCAGAUUCACACUAACCUUUUGGGAACAAUGUUGACAUGCAAGGCUGCUCUAAAGGUCAUGAUUCAGCAGCAGGGAGGUGCUAUUGUCAAUAUAGGGAGUAUUGUAGGACUUAAAGGCAACUCUGGUCAAAGUGUGUAUAGUGCUACCAAAGCAGGAUUAGUUGGAUUUUCACGCUCUCUUGCUAAAGAAGUAGCAAAAAAGCAAAUUCGGGUCAACGUUGUUGCUCCAGGCUUCAUUCACACAGAGAUGACAGCUCAUUUGGAAGAAGAUCAGUUGAAGAAAGCAAUUCUCCUUGGAAGAUUUGGAGAGCCUCAUGAAGUUGCACAAGCUGUUGUCUUCCUUCUAGAAUGCCCAUAUGUUACAGGGAGUGUUCUGGUUGUAGAUGGAGGCUUGCAGCUUAUGACCUAAGUUCUACCUUGAAUAAAUGACUGCUUUAAUGUCAUGAUGGUAAUAUAUAAAGAUAUAUUAAAUAAAGGGAGAGGGUUGGAAAUCGUUUGAAGAUUGAUGUACAUAAUUGACUUGGUCUUAUUUAGUCAGAGAAGAAAUUCAGCAGCAGUGAAGUGCAACGUGUGUGAUUAGCUGCCUGAAAGUCUGUUUGGUAUGACAAAGUCUGUGUAUGAAGCAAUUUGAAAAAGAUCUGGUUUUGAUACAGUGGUAGCUUUAAUAAUGUAUUGAUACAGUUUUAAAGCACUGUUUUUUUUAUAAAGUCCUGUUUCCUAAUUUGGGACAGAAUGAGAUUUUAUUUGAAUUAUCAUGUUACACAAAGGUUAAUAAAGUGCAGAGACGUGUUUAUUGGGUGGCAGGUAUGAUUGCAUCAAGUUUUUCAAGUAGGGCAAAGAUUUGAAUGUGUAGUUUUGCAUUCUUAUCAGUUAGUCCCUACAAAGUAGCAAGGAGUUUCCUUUGAGCUUUGUUUGUUUGUACCUAACACUACAAAGCUAGGAACUUCUAGAUCUUCAGCAUACCUGAAUUGCCUUUAGAAGCUUUAAUUAUAUGCAAUGUGUUUUUAUAAAGUCAAAGCCUCGGUUCCAUUCCUGAAUGUAUGUACAGCACUCACUCAAUCCAGUGUCCCUUGUACAUGCCCAUUGAAGGAUUGCUACAGCACUGGAGCUGCUAAUCCUGUCAUAUUCUCAGCUUGAGCUGCACAUGCACUGCUGAACUCUACAGCUGCAGACCUUGCUCUGUAAGACGCUUUACAAGGACUCAGUAGAUGUUUAGAACAUGUAUCACUUCCAGAGCACGAAGUCAAGGUGUUUUGUGUUUUGCUCUGUAUCUUCAUGAGCACUCAGUUCAGCUGUUAAGUUGAUGCUCCCUCGUAUGUGAGUAUAGUCAAUAAAAUGGCCAUUUAUUUUAUUCAAAGCGACUUUUGAAGCAGAGUAAUUAUUCUGCUGUAAAUGAUUCUGAGUGUUCCUGUCUUGCUGAAAACUUACCAAAUGUUUGACCUCAGGCUUUUCUAUUGAGCUUGAGUAAUUUUUGAUAAUUGAUGUUUUUAUUAUCUCUAAAGAAAACUAUGAAUGUGGUUUCAGGACCUUCACUUCUUAGCUCUGGUGCUCUCUGCAUCAUGAUCCAGAUGUUGAUUCAGCAUUUGAAAUUGCUUCCCAUCUUGGCACACACCACGAUACAGAAAGAAGAGAUCUCACUGAUGAUAACUGAGUCUUUAAAGUUGGAGAUUUUCUUCUUUCUUCAUUUGUGCAGCUGAGAAAUUUUGUCUUUGUGCCAGAAAACAAUACAUGUUCAAGCUUCUUGCAGGUAUGUAUUGAGAAAUAAUACAAGGAGUAUGUGUAUGAACAGGAGAUUUUACAGUUGGUUGUGCUACUCACUUUAGAAUAUAAAAUACCACUAGAAGUAA